GAUGUUCCCACCGGAGCCAGUGCAGGAGGCGUGGGAGCUGCUGGGGAGCCGCCGGUGCCUGGGAGCUGCAGGCUGGGCACAGCAGGAUUUCGUCUUCCAGAAGGAGCUAUUUGCUGUGGGAGACACAGAUCCCAUGCACAACCUCUCUGCUCAGCCCUGGCAGGCAAAGAUGGCCAACCUGACCUAUGACAACUUCACCCUGGGCAACCACUCCGAGGUGGCCGUGCAGCCUCCCACCAACUACAAGACAGUGGAGCUGGUUUUCAUCGCCACUGUCACUGGCUCACUCAGCCUUGUCACCGUGGUGGGGAACAUCCUGGUGAUGCUCUCCAUCAAGGUGAACCGCCAGCUCCAGACUGUCAACAACUAUUUCCUCUUCAGCCUGGCCUGCGCAGACCUCAUCAUCGGGGUCUUCUCCAUGAACCUCUACACGGUCUACAUCAUCAAAGGCUACUGGCCACUGGGGGCUGUGGUGUGCGACCUGUGGCUGGCUCUGGACUAUGUGGUGAGCAACGCCUCUGUCAUGAACCUGCUCAUCAUCAGCUUUGACCGGUACUUCUGCGUCACCAAGCCCCUGACGUACCCAGCCAGGAGGACCACCAAGAUGGCAGGGCUAAUGAUUGCGGCCGCAUGGAUAUUGUCCUUCAUUCUCUGGGCACCUGCCAUCUUGUUCUGGCAGUUCAUUGUGGGCAAGAGGACAGUCCCUGAGAGGGAAUGUUACAUCCAGUUCCUCUCCAACCCAGCGGUCACAUUUGGCACAGCCAUUGCUGCUUUUUACCUGCCUGUGGUCAUCAUGACGGUGCUGUACAUCCACAUCUCCCUGGCCAGCAGAAGCAGGGUAAGGAGGCACAAGCCUGAGAGCAGGAAAGAGAGGAAAACCAAGUCCCUCAGAUUCCUCAAGGGCCCCUCAAUGGUCAAACAGAACAACAAUAAUUCUCCCAAGAGGGCCAUGGAGGUGAAGGAGGAGGUGAGGAAUGGGAAAGUGGAUGACCAGCCAUCUGCACAGACAGAGGCCACUGGCCAUCAGGAGGAGAAGGAGACAUCCAAUGAGUCCAGCACCGUCAGCAUGACCCAGACCACAAAAGAUAAGCCCACAGCAGAAGCCUUGCCAGCAGGGCAAGGACAGAGUCCAGCCAACCCCCGGGUGAACCCAACUUCCAAGUGGUCCAAGAUUAAGAUUGUCACCAAGCAGACUGGGUCUGAAUGCGUCACUGCCAUUGAGAUCAUCCCAGCUAAGUCAGGUGCCUCUAACCACAACUCCCUGGCCAACAGCCGCCCAGUCAAUGUUGCCAGGAAGUUUGCCAGCAUCGCCAGGAGCCAAGUACGGAAGAAGCGCCAGAUGGCUGCCCGGGAGAAGAAAGUCACCCGCACCAUAUUUGCCAUCCUGCUGGCCUUCAUACUCACGUGGGCACCCUACAACGUGAUGGUCCUCAUUAACACCUUCUGUGAGACCUGCGUGCCCGAAACAGUGUGGUCCAUUGGCUACUGGCUCUGCUAUGUCAACAGCACCAUCAACCCAGCCUGCUAUGCCCUCUGCAAUGCCACUUUCAAGAAAACCUUCAAGCACCUUCUCAUGUGCCAGUACAGGAACAUUGGCACAGCCAGAUAA